CAAUCGAACUCACUGAAUCUUGCAAUGAGAGAAGCAGGAAUGACUGUGAUUUCCGAUACUUUUGAAGAAAAUCCGAAAGCAGGGUUACAGUACUUGAAGAACGAAGAUGUACGAAUUAUUAUUGGAACGUUCUAUCCUCUAGCGGCCACCAAGGUAUAUUGUGAGCUUGGAAUGUAUGGAGCAAAGUACGCCUGGUUUGGUACAGGAUGGUACGGACCAGACUUGAUAUAUGGUGCAAUGAGCGGCACGUCUAUUGAUUGCACACCUGAGCAAAUUGGUGAAGUAAUAGAGGGUUUGUUUGUUGUGAGUGACUACGAGUUGAAUCCAGACACGGAAAAUGUUGGCAUUUCUAAUUUGACUCCACAUGAAUACAUAACACUGUACGAUGAAUAUGUCAACUAUACGGGUGAUAGUUUAGUUGGAUAUGCCAACUCACCCUACUCUUAUGACACGGUCUGGGCAAUAGCAUUGGCUUUAAAUACUACUAUGAAUGACUUGAAGCGUUCCGGUGAUGGAGAGUAUGUUGCUGUAGCUAGAUACCGAGCAGAGACCGAUACUGUGGAAAUGUCACAUGAAACCACCAUCAUAUGGAUAGGAACUGGACCACCAAACGAUGAAAUCGAGCAUGUGUAUAUCACUGAGAAAGUUCCGUUAUACUUAUAUAUUACUAUGUCUGUCUUUGCGGGCGUUGGAAUACUGUGCGCAAUUGUCUUUCUGUUUUUUAAUAUAAAAUUCAGAUAUAAGAGAGUAAUAAAAAUGUCAUCGCCCACUAUUAACAACUUCAUACUUGGUGGAUGUAUCGCAUCGUAUUUAUCAGUGUUUAUAGAGAAUUUUGAGGGAUCGCCACAGACUAUUAAAGACAUACAGUUAGUAGGAUUAGUGUUGGUGUUAUUGAGUAUUGACAGCAUCAUUAUUAUUCUAUGGGAAAGCCUGGAUCCACUGGAAAUCCACUAUUACGACGCAAUAAAACUGGUUUCCAUCCCAAUACUGAAUGAUUCACGCUAUAUCGGCAUCUGCAUCUACAACGUGGUCAUCUUGUGCGGUCUCGGUGCACCCCUCGUGUAUGCUUUACGAUUUCAAUCGAUGAUGCGGUACACAAUUACGUCGACAUUUGUGAUCUUAGCAACCACCGUGACACAGCUUCUUGUGUUUAUACCAAAGCUCUUAACUUACAGGGAGGGUCACGUUAUGCCCACAGGAACCAGCGGAAUACGAGAUCAAUUGUUUGAGACAAGCAAUUUUAAAGCAACUGCUGUGAAAGAAAUUGUACCGACGACGAACAUUGGAGUACAGUAA